UAACCGAUCGUCGGCGACUCACCACAACAACUGAUCACCGCCAUUUUUACACCUCGCCGUUGCUAACAGCCACUUCUCUUGAUUGAUCAGGGUGACACACAAACGUAUACCAGUGUAAAAAAGAAAUUCAGAGGAGUCUCGUGACGUAUGGGUAUAACUACCAGCGGCGUCACUUAACUAUUGAUGGUAUUGGUUCAGGUACGACAAUGACGGCAGUUGCAGGCACACUCUUACGCUCGUUAGGAGCAAUAUCACGGAGUGUCUCCCAGACAGCCCCGACAGCCCUUCGCGGAGUGUCACAGUGUGUGUUAAACAGCGGAACUUGGUGCACAGCAGCUUGGACUCCACAACUUACCAUUGUCAGACAUCGUUACUAUUCUGAAAAGCUGGCAAAGGGACCUCUCCUCAGAAACUAUGGCUAUGAGGAAAAACUUCACAACAAAGGAUUGUUGCCACACAUAGUUCAUGGGAAAAGACUACCCACACCACUUUUCCGCCCUAAAAACAACUGGGCUGAAAAGAGAGCAUUGUUUGGUCAGAACGAUUACAUAGAUAUACUAGGAAAUGGAACUUUAAGACCUACAGAUGUGCUUUAUUCUGUUCCUCCAUGGUUACGUGGUUUCAAGGGAAAUGAGUAUCAAAUGUUACUAAGAAAACGAAAAUUCUUCGGGCUGCAAAUGGUUACCUACCGCCCAAGCAAGUAUCGGGACAUGCAGAAACGAAUCAAGUGGCUAUAUCGUUAUCUAAACCAGAAAACGAAAGAUUACUAUUGGCACAAAGCUUGAGAAAAUGUUAUUUUUUUUUCGUUAUCAGAGAAGACUAAAUAAUUUUUUAUCAUUGUUCAUUCUUAUUGAAAUAGUCAACAGUUUAUAUCUGAACACCUUACAACACAAAUUUUUAAGAGUCUGAUUUGGUUUUCCAACUAAUUAUUAGCAGUACAUUCAAGGCUUGUGAAUGUGUAGUUCACUAUACUGUCUGUAUAUCUUUAAUUAUACAAUCCAUUGUAUAUUUAAAGCUAAUUUCAUUCCUUUUGAUGUAAUAUACCUGUCUAUAAAUAAAAUUACUGUACAGUAUUGUA